UGCCUGAGAAUGCUCGGCGUCUGCGCUUCCGGUUCAGUCAUCGAGACAGACACACUCUUUUCAAAGCCUAAACUUUGCGCUUGAAAUAUUUUCAAUAUUUAAAACUACUUCGACGCGUUUAUCAAGCGAAAAGGGCAGCUCAAGCAGAGAAAAAAUACUCUGGUGUAAACGCCUCCUGCUCCAUGACUGCUUCUUCGAACGUCGCAUUGUACCUAGAUGAGUUUCCUCGAUUUGUCUCCAUACAACACUAUGGUAUCACGCACGCAAUGUGGAAUAGCUCUUGCACCUGUAGGAGGUUUAAACGUAAGUCUUUCAGAAGACAUGAAAGAUGUUGUUUAUCGCGAGCUGAAAUCAGGGAGGGAGGCGAUCCCUCGUUUGGAGCGGAACUUUACUAUGGUCAUGAAGGAUUUGUUUGAAACAGAGCUUCUGUCUAUUUUUUAUCUACGAGAUCCAUAUGCCAUUUUUUCAGGAAAAAUCAAAGCAAAUUUGGUUGGAAGCGUCAGCGAAGGAUUUGGUUUGCCUGAAUAUAUUCAUUGGGGAGAAGACAGUUCCUCCAGAGUUACUGUUCGAGAUGAGGCAGAUUUUAACCUUGUUUGGGGUUGGCUAAAACUUGAGGAGGAAUCUCCAAGUUGCAGCUCGACAAUUCAACUAGAUGGUUUGGUCGAAUUCAGCUCUUAUUUCCCAGGUUAUGCCAUGAUUAAGUUGGUGGCUAAUGAAGCAAUAACUCGUUGGAUAGAUCUUUCCAACAUUGCCAUCAACUGUGAUGGCAGUAAAGUUGAAGUUUACCUCCAUCCAUCAGCUGUCACUGAUGAAUUUUACAUGUCUUUGCAUCUGAGGAGUGUGCUUAGUAACUUGAUCGUGAACAGCAUUGGAGACAGUGAUGUGGAAAAUGCUAAUUGUUACAAAUCUGAUAACAACUUUGAAAGAGAGGGAAGUGGAGAAAGUUCUCACCAUGACCAAACACAAUUUCACAAUAAACUAGAACUUUCCUUCCAUAAAUUCAGUGAGUCUGCCAGUGAAUCAGGAAGAGGCCAAAAGACUCUGUUUUUAGUUGAUGAAGGGGGGCCAGCCAUAAAUGUUGCUGUCUUUUCAAGAGAAGGAGGAGGUAUUAUGCUGGAUAUGGCAUUAUGCCUGUCACUUCCUUCAUGGCCAACCGUGGCUCGUGGGUGGAUAUCAAGGCACAGACCUAGUGGUUGGCCAAGCCAGGAAUUGGUAUCUGCAAUAACAAGUGAAGGAUGCUCAAUGGUCCCUGUUAGUCCACUGAGAAGUCAGACUGGCUUGGAAUGGCGUAUAUCCUUCAGCUUGGCAGAAAAGAAGCUUGCACAAUCAUUGAAUGAUUGCCAGAAGGCUUGCUAUUUGAUUGUGAAAGGAAUCUGGAGGCAUUACCUUAAACAUCCAAGUAAAAGAGGAUUGCAGUCUUAUCAUCUCAAAACAAUAUUGUUUUGGGCUUGUGAAGAAUUGCCUCCAGGUGAGUGGAGGAAAGACAAAAUUGGUAUUGGAGUGUUGUGGAUAUUACAGAAACUGCACUGCUUUCUUGUGCGCCUGUCAUGUCCACAAUAUUUUAUUCCAGAGAAUAAUCUUUUCCAAGACAUUGAGGGAGAUGUGCUGAUGUCCACCCUUCAAAGAGUCUCUAUAGCCAUUUUGUCACGGCAGCAAGUUUGGUACAACAAUCCUGGACUUUUAACCAUGUUGCCACCAGAAAACUCCAGAAUGCACCUGACCAAACUUGAAGACCAGGCCUUUCUUGAGGCCAUUGAAAGUGUGUAUAACUUUUGCUUCACCUUGGCACUGCAUAAAGAUGAAGAACAAGCUGAGGAUUUUGAGAAAAUGAUGGCUUGCAAUGUAAAGGAAGCAUUAGAGAAAUGCCUACAGUCUCAAAGGAAUUGGCACCAUUUGAUUGCAGUCUUUUUUGCCAUUUUUGAGAAAGCUGUCUUUCAACAGUACUGGGAUUCCUUUGCUGCCAUGAGGAGAUACCUGGGUGGAAGGAUACCCCCUCGAUUGAUUGCUCUAAAGAAACCAAUUCCACUGGAUCUGAUCAUCAAACUUUGUGCUUGGCUGGAUAUGUUCAAGUUUAGUUUCAAGUUAUUUGUUAAUUUUGUUAAUGAAGAAGGAAUGAAGGAUCUGAUAAAUCAGGAAAACAAUGAAGAACUAGAGUCAUCGGAGGAGGACUGUGAUUCUGAGAGUACAGAAAUCAUGGGAGACUUAUCACAUCAUGUCCUUUCAAAUCUAACUCAGGCAUUCAUGGAAACUGGUGAAUUUGACCUUGAAAUGGCUUCUGAUGAUGAAAGUGAAGUUGAUGAGGAAUUCAAUGACUGAAAUGAACACUACCUAGUAACAAUUUUACAUUCAUGGCGUUAUUCUCCCUUACUAUGUUUAUUUUUAAAAGACAAUGGCAGGAUUUGCUUUCUAAUUUGAAGAAAAAGUCAGGCAGAUUUCAGAUUUAAUGGUUAGUGUUCAAUUAUAAAAACCUAUGUAAUCAUUCUUACACCAAAUUUUUUUUGUUGGUUGGUGUGUGGUGUGACAAUCAUUGCCUCACUUCUGGCUGUGUGGAACAUCACAUUCUGAAUACAGGCCAAGAUGACUCACAAACAACUACAGACUAGUCAUUGCUUGUAAAUGAGAUUGGAUUAGAAUCUUAGAAAGGCAUAUUAAAUGUAAAGAGUAUUCUCCAUCCAUGCCUGCUUGCUUAAGCGAUGGCUACUCUAUCAUUAUAAAAAAAAAAUUGCAUGACAAACAAAAGAACUGUCCUAAAUGGUUUCAGAGGUCUUCAUCAUAAGCCAAAGCUCAGUUUAAAUAUAUCUUAUUAACCAAGCACGAGGGCUGUACUGGGAGAAUUUUGGCCUGAGGUCUUGACAGUACGGACCGAGUGCAAGCGCAGCUCGGUCCAUACAAAAAAGACCAAGGGCCAAUAUCCUUCCAGCACGGUCCCGAGAAAGCUUGGUUAAUAAGAGAUUUAUUAUACGACUGAAGUUCAAAGGGACACAA